UGGGUGUUGCCUCAUGCAAGAGAACUCAAGCAACUACAGUCAAUCCCUUUAAUCUAGUGAGUGACUAAGCAACUCAAAACUGUACAAUAAACCAGUCAGAUAAAAUUGUUCUUUAUUGAGAGUUUGGAGAGGAUCUGCUCAGUCUUGGCCAACAAUGGAGGCAAUAACUGCUGUUCUGGGCUUGGAAUGGAUCGACAGCAGGAGCAUUUUGAUAUUUCUGUUUGUCUUUCUGUUGCUGAGUGAUUAUUUAGUCAACAGACGACCAAAAAACUUUCCUCCUGGCCCCCAUUCUCUUCCUUUCAUUGGAGAUCUUCAUCGCAUCAACCCUUCCAGGCUUCACCUGCAGCUCACAGAGUUUGCAGAAAAAUAUGGAAAUGUUUUCAGCCUUCAUCUCUUUGGUGAGAGAGCAGUGAUCCUGAAUGGACACAAGCAGGUGAAAGAGGCCUUGAUCCAAAAAGGAGACGACUUUGUGGAUCGUCCCACCAUCCCACUGUUUGAGCAGUUUUAUUCAAACCAAGGCAUUGUGGUGUCAAAUGGUUAUCCAUGGAAGCAACAGAGGAGAUUUGCUCUUCAUACACUAAGAAACUUUGGUUUAGGCAAAAAGACAAUGGAGAAAUAUAUCCAGGAGGAGUGCCACUAUCUCUCAGAAGCUUUUGCAGAGCUCAAGGGUAAGCCCUUCAAUGCCCAAGCACUGAUUAACAACGCAGUGUCCAAUAUAAUUUGUUGUCUGGUUUUUGGGGAACGAUAUGAGUAUUCUGAUAAACAGUACCAGCAAAUUCUGAAGGACAUUAAUGACAUCAUGAUCCUGCAGGGAAGUUUUUCAGCUCAGCUCUUCAACUCGUUUCCUUGGCUGAUGAAGAAACUUCCUGGACCUCAUCAGAAAAUAUUAUCUCUGCUGUCGAAGUUGAUUGACUAUGCAAAAGUUAAGAUUGCAGAGCACAAAGAAAAUCUUGACCCCUCCUCUCCAAAAGACUACAUCGACUCGUUUCUCAUUGAGAUGGGACAGAAUGAAGGCCAAGACUCUAGCUUUGAUAUUAGCAAUUUGUGCAUGUGCACCCUGGACCUUUUUAUUGCUGGAACUGAAACUACCACCACUACUUUACACUGGGGGCUGCUCUACAUGAUCUACUAUCCUGAUAUUCAGGAGAAGGUCCAGGCUGAGAUCGACGCUGUGAUUGGUUCAUCCAGACAACCGUCUAUGGCUGAUAAAGAAAACAUGCCCUACACUGAAGCAGUCAUCCAUGAGAUCCAGAGAAUGGGAAACAUCCUCCCUCUCGGUGUCCUCCGUAUGGCAAGCAAGGACACCACUCUUGACAAAUACACAAUCCCUAAGGGUACAAUGAUAAUCCCUGCUCUGAACUCUGUCCUCCAUGAUGAGUCCAUGUGGGAGACUCCACACUCUUUCAACCCUAAACACUUCCUGGACAAGGAUGGGAAGUUUAGAAAGAGAGAGGCCUUCAGUCCUUUUGGUGGAGGUAAACGUGUGUGUCUCGGGGAACAGCUGGCCAGGAUGGAGUUGUUUCUGUUUUUCGCCUCCCUCCUUCAGAGGUUUUCGUUUUCGGCGCCUGCAGGAGAAAAACUCAGUCUGGAGAACAGUAUGGGAUUCACUCGCUGUCCCAAACCUUACCGCCUCUGUGCUGUCCCACGAUAAACCUUCUAGCAUCUCAAACUAACACGCUGAUUGUUUUAAGCUUUGGUUGAAUUUUUUUUUUUUUCUUACAAUCUCUGGUCACUAAAGUCAAAGAGUUAAACAGAGAUGUCCUAAUAACAAUUAUCUGGCUGCAUUGUUGUUGUAAAGUUUGUAAAUUGAUAGUACUUGCUUAAAAGUCCAUAUUCAUUAAAUACUGUAAUUAGUUAUUGUAACUUUGACUUGUUCUCUUAACAUUUAAAAUGGCCGUCAUCCAGGCGUAGCUCCUGCAGUAGAUGGUAAAACUCAAUGUACUACGAGUGUCUCUGAAUAAUCUGGUCAACCCAGACACACUUCUAUUGAGGUCUCCAAAAUAUAUAAACCCAAGGUACUCACUCACCAUCAUCCAUGUUUUCCAUGAUUUGGUGACCAAUGAAGUCCUGAAAAAUGCUGGCAGUAUCUCCUCCAACACGUAGCCGGGGUAUCAAGACGUCAAAGACUUUAAGGGCAGGGAUCGAGCAGCAAAUCUGAAAGAGGGACGGUCAAUGCGAAUUUGACACGCAAAUCAAAUCUGAUGUGAAUGCAGCUUUACACUUAUAAAUACAUUUUAAGUUUGAAUUUUCCUUCAAUGAGAUUUGAAAAACACAAGCAUCUGUAUCUUUUGAAAAAAAAAAAA